AUGGCGGGGACGGGCGAGGGCGAGUGCAGACGGGUGAAUGCAGAUGAAGCAUGGUGUGCGGGUACAGGGCAUAAUGAAGUGCAGAACGACGCAAGUGAAAUACCGCACCUCGACCUACAAGCAGGGCCCACCCCGCGGUACCUCUACCGCACGCUCACCCAGGCCGAUGUCGACGCAGCAACGGCCAAGCGCGGCAAGGAGAACACGACGCACAUCGCCGCGGUCACCGCGGAGAACGACGAGGCUAGCGAUGAGGCUCCCGUCACCACUUCGUCAACGACGUACGUCGCUGCCAUUACCGACCUCGCCUCCGGCGCGACUGACGGUACGUCGAGCAUCCCACUCGAUGUACACGCUGUCGACGGGAACAACGGCACGCCCGGUGUAUUCACAAGCGUACCCGGCGCGCUCGUCAACCUCUCAUGUACGAACGACGGCCCCGAGGUACACACUGCAAAGGUGUACCCAGUACGCACGUCACCAGCCGCAGCACCCAUGUCGGAAGGCAACACGACGAACGACGAGCUCGUUGCGUGCCUCUCCAACUUCACGAACGGGGUGCUGGGCCUGUGCAGCAGCACCAGAAGCGUGCUUGCUGCCCCCAACUCGCGAGACGGCGUGUCUGGGGAGCCUCCAAGCUCCACCAGACCGCCUCUCUAG